AGCAGCAUGUUUCCCAUAGUUCAGUAUACUGGUUGGGUUUUACAAGCUGUCAGCUUUUAGUAUGAAAUAUGCUGACCAUAUAGACAAAAGCACCAACAUCAGCACGAGAGGAAUGAAAUGUGAAUCAAGGAAUGGCAAUACAUAAGAAUGGCUUGAUGGUUGUUCUCCUCUUGGCAAUGCUGUGCAUUUUGGAAACAGGAAACAUCAUCAAAUUGUCAAGUGUGGUGUCAUUGAAUCAGGUACACUCUGGAGAACAACACCUUAUUUGGGAGAAAAGACAGCUGCUCGGCACCUCUACGAAUGAUGUGUUCAUUGAAGGCACAACUGAAACAACUUUCCCAUCAGAAACUCCUGUAACAAAUGCUGAAACAACCCAAGCAACAACAAACGAUAUUAUGACAACGCAAUCACCAACAACUGUAACAAAUACUCCAACUCCAGAAACCAGAACUGUAACACAUACUACAGCAAUCGAAGAAACAACGCCUACAAAAAAUACUAUGAUAACGCAAUCACCAACAACUGAAACAAAUACUCCAACUCCAGAAACCACAACUGUAACACAUAAUACAGUAAUCGAAGAACCAACACCUACAAAAAAUACUAUGACAACGCAAUCACCGACAACUGUAACAAACACUACAACUGAAAAAACAACUGUAACACAUACUACAACAACCCAAGAACCAACACCUCUAAAAAAUACUAUGACAACGCAAUCACCAACAACUGUAACAAAUACUACAACACAAUCACCGACGACUGUAACAAAUGCUACAACAACCCAAGCACCAACAACUGUAACAAAUAUGACAACGCAAUCACCGACAACUGUAACAAAUACUCCAACUCCAGAAACGACUACUGUAACAAAAUAUACAGCAACUGGACCACCUACCAUUGUAACAAAUGCUACAACAACCCAAGCACCAACAACUGUAACAAAUACUACGACAACUCAAUCACUGACAACUGUAACAAAUGCUACAACAACCCAAGCACCAACAACUGUAACAAGUACUAUGACAACGCAAUCACCGACAACUGUAACAAAUACUACAACUCCAAAAACGACAACCGUAACAACUACUACGACAACUCAAUCAUCGUCAACUGUAACAAAUGCUACAACCCAAGCACCAACAACUGUAACAAAUACUACAACUCCAAAAACAACCACUGUAACAACUACUACGACCAUUCAAUCAUCGACAACUGUAACAAAUGCUACAACAACCCAAGCACCAACAACUGUAACAAAUACGACAAAAACAACUUCGCCUCUUUUUGAUUAUGAAUACCUCAUCUCUGUUGAGCUUAACGUCACGGAAUUGAGCACGAUAACCUCUCUCCGAAACAUUCUGAAAAACACCAGUUAUCCAAUAGACAUCAACAGCAACUUAAGAAUCUCCGAUAUCAACAUAACCACAGUUUGCAGUCCAAGCAACGGCGAUUUCCAGUGCGGAUGUGAGGAUCAGUAUCGUUGGUCAUGUGACCAGUGUCUCCUGCAUGGAUCAUGUGACAACAUCACAAAUAACACAUGUGGAUGUAUUAAUGCCAUUCCUCCUUUUGGACAAUAUUGCCAAUCUAUCGAUCAAUACAAUUUUCCAGCUUGUCCUCCAACAACAACAUCUCCCACAACAACUUCUCCUCCAUUUGAUCAUGAAUACCUCAUCUCUGUUGAGCUUUACAUCACAGAAUUGAGCGUGAUAACCUCUCUCCGAAACAUUCUGAAAAACACCAAUUAUCCCAUAGGCAUCACCAGCUACUUAAAAAUCUCAGAUAUCAACAUGACAACAGUUUGCAGUCCAAGCAAUGGCGAUUUCCAGUGCAGAUGUGAGGAUCAGUAUCGCUGGCCAUGUGACCAGUGUCUCCUGCAUGGAUCAUGUGACAGCAUCACAAAUAAUACAUGUGGAUGCAUCAAGGGCAUUCCACUUGGCGGACAAUAUUGCCAAUCUGUUGAUGAGCACAACACUGUUUGUCCCAGCACGACAACCUUUCCUACAACAUUGUACACAACUGUAACAACCCAAGCACCAACAACUGUAACAAAUACUACGACAACGCAAUCACCGACAACUGUAACAAAUGCUACAACAACCCAAGCACCAACAACUGUAACAAAUACUACGACAACUCAAUCACCGACAACUGUAACAAAUACUACAACUCCAAAAACGACAACUGUAACAAAUACUACAACAACCCAAGAACCAACAACUGUAACAAAUACUACGACAACGCAAUCACCAACAACUGUAACAAAUACUACGACAACGCAAUCACCGACAACUGUAACAAAUGCUACAACAACCCAAGCACCAACAACUGUAACAAAUACUACGACAACGCAAUCACCGACAACUGUAACAAAUGCUACAACAACCCAAGCACCAACAACUGUAACAAAUACUACAACAACUCAAUCACCGACAACUUUAACAAAUACUACAACUCAAAGAACGACAACUGUAACAAAUACUACGACAACUCAGUUACCGACAACUGUGACAAACACUACAACUCAAAAAACGACAACUGCAGCAAAUACUACAACUCAACCACCACCAACAACAAUAACAACUGCUUCUACAAGAAAGCCAUCAAAACCGGUAAACACGACAGUAUCAACAACAACUACAACUACCACUAAGACUACGACGACCACUAAGGCUACCACGACUAAACCCUCCACCACCACUUCUACCACCAGUACAACUCCUCCAGAUCCACCCACAACCACUCCUGAAACAGUGUUCCAGUUAGAUUUCUCCAUCCGGUUUGACAGAGAUUACACUUCAGAUCUGAGCGAUCAAAACAGUUCUGCUUAUAAGGAGCUGGCGUCACAGAUCAGGGCCGUGCUACUUGACCAAUAUGGAGGACUAACAGGAUUUGUGGAUGCUUUUGUGACAGGUUUCAGGCCAGGAAGCGUGAUUGCAGAUUUUAUUGUUCAAACAUCACAAGUUGACCCGGAAGAUCUUUUUGUGGUGAAUCAAGGCCUCCCUGAUGCAAUGCGACCAAUCGCGAGAGUCCUUGGCCUUGUUGCAUUUUACAGGAGUCCAACUCGAUUCAUUACUCCACCCGUGACAUAUACUGGAAGGUCAAUAGAAUUGACAUGUGGCCCCACUCCUGCUAGCAUUGAUUUAGGAAACAUCAUUGGAACGAAAUGGAAAUUAAAUGGACAAGAACUCAAAGAGAAUGGACGAAUUGAAAUUUCUUCAUCUGCUACAGCGUCUGUGCUUAAAGUUAGCAAUGUGAUUCUUGCCGAUGCUGGUCAUUAUGAAUGCAAUAGAAUUGGCAGUGCUGUGACUUUUGUGCAAGACGGACGUGCAAUAAAUAUCAGACAAGCUCCAAAUGUGCGUGUACCAAGCAAAGUUAAUCUUAAGUGUACAGAGGGGAUAACACAGCUACUUAAAUGUUGUGUGCAGUCCAACUUUACUGUCAGAUGGUUUCUGGGCAGCCGCGUUUUAGAAUCGGAUUUGACAGAUGUAGAUGAAGUGGAAAGCUACUGCAUUUCACACAGCUAUGUUCUGAGUGGCUGCGGAAAUUCGUCAUCCCAAUUGCGCUUUACUUGUCGAGUAAACGAUCCAGUCGGCUUUGAAGAGACAACAACAAUGGUCAUUUUUAAUGAAGAUGUUGUAUGUAAUGAUAAGUUGUAUGGGGCUGGACGAGCAGAUGACAUAUCAACCAUAGCGUGUGAUUCUGGUCAAGAGGGGAGCAGAUCUGCAAAAUGCAGGGAUACAGGAGAAUGGAUUAUUUUAGAAGACACUUGCAUUGUGUCUGAAAUCAAGGACUUGCUCGUCGUUUCUGAGGAUUUAGAGGAAGAGGAAGUACCGCAACUUGCUGCAAAUCUUAGUCAAAUUGUCCAGAAUGAAAAAGAACAGAUUGUGAAUUCAUCUGCAACUAUAUCAGCUAUUGUUGGCAUCCUGAGCGCCAUUGCCAAUGUUUCUAAUGAAGUGAAUCGAACUGUCAUGGAGGAUGUGCUGGAAACAGUAAAUAUCAUCAUUGGUGACGACGCAAGAGAAACUUGGGAGUUCCUGCGAGAAAAUAUCACUCGCAACGACAGCUCAGAAUUGCUUAAUUCACUGGAGAUUCUGUCUGAUGAAUUAAUUGGAGAGUUUACCAUCAGAACUGGAUUAAUCCUGCUCAACACGACGACGUUCAAUGACUCCUUUACGGCGGAAUUCAAUAAUAGCGUUGUUAUUGAUAUUCCAGGCAAUGACAGAAACAAUCUCACCAUCACCACGAUUGUUUUCUCCACCCUCGAUAAUGUCCUGCCACCUCGGAAUUCCAGUUUUAACAACACGUCCACAGACACCAACAACACAUCUGCUUCUUUUGAUACCACCAUUAAUGCUGCUGUGGCACUUGUCAGAGUAAACACAAAUAUUCAGAAUAUUACUCUGAGUUUCAAAAAGCAGAACAAUUUGCUGACACAGAAUCCACAGUGCGUUUUUUGGAACUUCACCCUUAUUGACUAUUUAGGAGCAUGGGACGACGAGGGUUGCACGUUAGUUUCUGAUAUCAACGACACGGUGACCUGCAAUUGCAACCAUCUCACCUCUUUUUCAAUUCUAAUGGCAACGGAUAUCCCUGAAUCAAUACGAAUCGCUUUGGAUGUUAUCACGUACGUCGGAGUUGGCAUAUCUAUCGCAAGUCUCAUCAUAUGUCUCAUCAUCGAAGCCUACGUUUGGAAAGCCUUGACGAAAAACAGCACUGCGUUCAUGCGCCACGUGUGCAUCGUAAAUACGGCGCUGUCUUUGCUGAUUGCAGAUAUUUGUUUCAUAAUUGCCGCUUUUUAUGCCAAGAAUCCCCUUGAAAACCCAGAUGAGGACCACCAAGUUCCACUGGGACCAUGUACGGCAGCAACAUUUUUUAUGCACUUUUUUUAUCUGGCUCUCUUCUUUUGGAUGCUUGCGUCUGGUCUCCUUCUUUUCUAUCGAACCAUUAUGGUCUUCUCUCAUAUGUCCAAAUCAGCCAUGUUGGCCAUUGCUUUUCUUUUUGGCUAUGUGUGCCCUCUCAUAAUUGCUGUUGUUACUGUUGCUGCCACAGCCCCUGGAAAUGGAUAUAUCCGAGAAAACGAUGCAUGUUGGCUGAACUGGACAAAAACCAAAGCCCUGCUGGCUUUAGUGAUACCGGCCUUGACGGUAGUUUUUAUAAACUUUGUGAUUGUAAUCGUGAUUAUGUUUAAAAUGCUGAGAAGAGGUACAGUACAGGUAACUCGUCCUGAUGAAAAGCACUCACUGCUGGUCAUUGGCAGAUGUGUGAUCAUUUUGACACCUUUAUUUGGAUUAACGUGGGCUUUAGGAGUGGGAACCAUGAUAUCGUCCACAAAUGAGGGAAUCCACAUUGCGUUUGCCUUCUUCAAUUCUCUACAGGGUUUCUUUAUUUUAGUGUUUGGGAUACUGCUGGAUUCAAAGAUCCGAGCUGUUCUCUCCAAAAAGCUUCCAGCACUAAGCUCAGGCUCUGGCUCCAAUCAAACUGCAAGUACAAGUGCUGGUGUGUCAACGUCAAGUGCUCCAAAUUGGUUCCAAAAACUUCGUGGGAAAAGAUAUGUAUACCGUGUAUCAGAGGCUGCAAACACAAGCAGCUCUAGUGGCACAGAGUCAUAUUCCAAUAUCUGAAUCAGAUGAAUAAUGACUCAUAAAAUGGUGUUAACUUUAGAUUUAAAAAAUCUAUCUCUCAGUAUGAUUUAGUGCAAUGUUCUCUGAACAUAUUUCAUUUUUGUGUAGUGCCUCUCUAACUUGCUUAAUGUGCAAUUUGUUUAUAGCGUUAAACUUAAUUGAAGUUUGAGUGCAGAAAUAAAAAUUGUGUGUUUAUUCUGUUAUGAUACAAAUGAACUGAAAUGAUGA